UAUAUAUAUAUAUAUAUAUAUAUAUAGAUUCAGGGGCACAGAAUGCAAACUGGACACAUUCUGUUUUUUUUCAUGUUUCCCAUUGUCUUGGAGGGGUGCUGUGGAAGGAACCAAAAGAAAGUAAGUGCAGGACUCACUGGCCUUCAGCAGGACGUCACACAUCAACACUACAGAGCUGUGGAGGGGGAGAGCUUUAUGAUGCCGUGCAUUAAAUCUGGUGAUGGCUACAUUAAAGUGCUGUGGUCCAGGACUGGAAAUGUUGGCCCAUCCUUCAGUUGUGGGAGAGUUCUGUUUGUAGCUGAAGCCAAACACACUGGAAAGUACAAGUGUCUCACAAGUGGUGGUGAGCGGUUCUUGCAUCUAGAGGUGGUGGAGAAAAGCAGAAUGGGAUGUUUCCAGCCUGAGCAGAGCGACAUAGAGCUGUACAUUGGUACCAGUGGAGAGAUCCCCUGCCCCGCACACAACUGUACCAACAACUCAGACGUCGCGUGGUACACGGGAAACAUAUCAGUGUCUGAGCUCAGUCGAGAGACCUGUGUGGAGAACGGACACUUCCAUCUGUGUGAAGUCAAAGGCAAAGUGGAUGAGGACGUUUACUUCUGUGAUCGAAAAGUCAUCGAGCGAGGGGUCACAUGGACCUUCAGGAGGGCCGUGAAUGUCAAAGUUUUACCAAACAAGACAACACCGAAGCCUCCCGAUAUCAUUUAUCCUGAUGCCAACCGGACAGAGAAAGUAGAACUUGAUCAAUACCACCGUCUGACCUGUGAUGUAUGUUUUCAAUAUGAGAAAAACAUUUCAGCUAAGGUACAGUGGUACCUGAAUCACGGUGGCAACACAAAGCAAAGGACUCUGCUGGACAUGGAGAGCCCACUGCACACACAGCCCAUACUUCAGGAAUACUGUAUCCGCCAGAGCCACAUCAUCAAAACAGUGACUUCUCAGCAUUUGAACCACACAUAUACCUGCUUUGCCAGCAACACUGCUGGAAACGUCAGUGUCACAAUCAAGCUUGAGGAGAGAGUAAAAUGGCCCUCACGAGUUGGGUAUCCCAUCGCAUUUUUGCUGCUGGCAGCAGGAAUGGCAAUCAUUUUGCAUAUGAAAUCGCUGGAACUACAGAUUAUGUACAGAUCCCACUUCCACUUUGGAAACCAUGGAGAGAAACCGUUUGAUGUGCUGCUGUCGCACGUGUGGAGCGCGACAUCAGCGGAGAUGGAGACAGGUUGGACCCUUUCCUCUCCUUCAGGACCUGAGACUGAUAAGGAAGCGUGUCAACAAUGCAUGGACCUGACGAACACUGAGCUGGGGGAGGCCAACCGGAGACCACGAGUGAUGCUGCUGCACCAAGUGUUAGAGGAGCAGUGGGGGUAUCGGCUGUGUCUGCUGGACAGGGACAUUGUUCCGGGAGGAGCAUAUGCAAAUGAUGUUGUUUGUGCAAUACAGAGGAGCCAGAUGCUUAUCUGUCUCUUGUCAGCCGACUACCUCUGCAACAGCAACGCUCUGUUUGUCCUGGAAUCGGGAAUCCAGGCUUUGCUGCAAAAAUCGACUCCCAAACUCCUCCUGAUAUGGACCUGCAGGGACUCAGCGACACUGAUCCAGGAGGCCCCACUUCCGUCACUGGUCCAAAGGGCCUUGAAGGUUCUACCAAGUCUGAACUGGGCGACGGGAAAACCUACCAGAGCCUCCUGUGAUUUCUGGAGGUCUUUAAAGAAGGCCAUGCCCAAUCACAGAGUGAAGCUGGAAUCAAUCUUGUAGUAACAAUUACUGUUACCAAACAUUUACAUCUAUUUAUAGCGUGCUUAUUUAUUUGCAUUACUGUUCACAGAAACACAAAGUGUCAACAUAAUCCCCAUGAUGGUCGGAAGAAAAAUAAAAUGUAAAUCUUAGUAAUAAAAAUACA